AACACGCUUUUGAUUCGCCACUUCUCUGUCACGUGACCCCACAUCCGCUCCGUGACUGUUGCUGUUUGGCAGCUAUGACAACGAACUUUGAAAGUUAGAUGAAUGGCCUCGGUGAAGAAGAAGUUUUCCUCCUCUCUAGGGUAUCAACAUUGUCUGAAAUGCACGGUGUACUUGGACAUUCAGGCAGUCACAUGCCCGGGAGUGCUACUGUCUAAGAAGUAUGAUAUCUACCUCCGUGUCUGCAUCAUGGGCCAGUACAGGAAGACUGCCUGUGUGCCUCCGGACUUCCCUUUGCUUUUCCAGCACAAAAUGGUUUUUGUCAAGAUAUUCCCCGGCGUUGUUGACCCUGCUGAUGUAGCUGACCUCCUCGAAGCUGACACAACAUCUUUUGAGCUGAUUCAGUUGGUGCCUCCAGAAGGUGAGGUACUUGCCACAAUGGAGGAAAGCAGCAGAGAUUUCCUGUAUCCAGGUCCCAGGUGGAGCUCAAGAGUCGCAGAGCGAGAAAUACUGAUGAAAAGAUCAUCCUCAUUUCCUGGAAUCUCCCCUAAAGUAGUGUUUUCCACGACAUCAGUCAUAGAAGACAGUGAUGGGAGAGACAACUGGACAGCCUCACCUUUUGGCUGUGUUUCUCCAGCGAGGCCAUCCUUAACCCUUUCCAGACGGAGUUCAGCAAAAAAGCCUACCAGCGGGCAUUUUUCCAAAGCAGAUGGUGGGAAGUGUGUCUCUUUGAAAAGUGGGAAGGACAAGCUGAGCAGAAUGACUAGGAGAUAA